AUGAUUCGUCAACUAUAUCGUCCACUUUUAAAUUCCACACGAAGAUUUGCCGAUGUACCGAAGAAGAAUCUAAAAGAGAAGGCAAUGGUCGACAAAACUCCAAAAGGGGCUCUCGACAAAACAGAAGAAAAACAAUUCGAAGAUCCUCAUCUGAAAAAGCAUCCAGGAGGAGUGAACAAGAAUACUGGAGAAGUCGGUGGACCAGCAGGACCCGAACCAACUAGAUACGGAGAUUGGGAACGAAAGGGACGAGUCACUGAUUUCUAA